UAUGUGUAGGAUUUUUUUUUGAACAAGAAACUUUAUGGCCGAGGAACAGUGGUCGAGACUGAAUGCCGACCCAAUGUGUCGUGCCAUGCUUACUGAUGAGUUUAUUGACCACAUGGGACCUGCAUACGCAUCAUCUUCACUACAGAUUAUUAUGGCCAGGCAACUCUUUUUUGGGGAGAGCUUUAACGCCGAGGAUGAGUGGCGUCGUUUGGAUGCUUCAGUGAAUGGCGACCCUAUGUGGGGACAAGGGCCCCCAGUACCACACCCGAGUUGGGAAAUCGAUGACAACCAAGAAGACCAACAAGUCUCGGAAGAGGACUCUAUUGAUCUCACGGGGCCUGAAUACGAUGGUGACGAUUCCGUAUUUGACUGGUCAUCACACCCACCAUCACCCCCAGCAGCGGCACGGCCAGAGGCUCCGGAAGCAGUAGCGGCAGCAGAUGAAGACCUUGUACCGAGACCGUACUCCCCUUGCCCCGCUUUUGAUGUAACUUCAGAAGAUCCAAAUAUGGAAGUAAGGGGGCAUUUAUUGUGCUUCGUAGGCUUACAUGUAUAUAAGAAUUGUCUUAUUCCAAUAUGUACAAAAAAACUGCUAUGGUUGCUGCGUCGAUCAUUCAUCACAAAGACAACACAGUUGUCUGAUGGAUGACGCAGAAGACCAUUACUACUCCCACAUCCAUGAAAUCAUUGAGGAUCUUCUCCGAAAUGACAGGGAAGUUCUAAUGUUCCACUGGUUGGAAAAAGUACGAACCAGUGGAUUUUUAAGGGCACAUUAUGUAUUUGAAGAGGCAGCAAUGUCUGCCCUUGUACAAUUUUUAUAUAGCAAGUUGUACGAAAACACAACUCUGCUAGAAUUAAAACAUGAUGUCGUGUAGCCAAAAAACA